AUGCCAGUCAGACUCGACGCGUGGAUCGCGGACCAGGUUCCGGACCUGAGCAGGGAGCGCGUGAAGGACUCAAUCAGGGCUGGCAAGGUCUGGGUCGACGGAAAGACAGCGACAAAGCCCUCUGCCAAAGUCAAGCCCGGGGCUCUGGUCCGGUGCGAGGUGGCCCCGCCACCGCCCGUCGAGGCGCUGCCGGAGGACAUCCCGCUGGACGUGCUGUACGAGGACGACAGCGUCAUCGUGGUCGACAAGCCAGCAGGCAUGGUGACGCACCCAGCGCCCGGGAACUACUCGGGGACGCUCGUGAACGCCCUGCUGCACCACCUGGGCCUCGGCGGCGUGCGCGUGGAGGGCGGGGGGCGCGUGGAGCGCGUCGACGGGGGCCGCGACGUCGAGUCUGACGACGACGACGACGGUUGCAUCCCCGGGGGACUUGAGGGCGCCGAGGAGGGUCCCGGGGGGGAGUGGGUGAUCCGGCCGGGGAUCGUGCACCGGCUGGACAAGGGCACGACCGGCGCGAUGGUCGUCGCGAAGAACGCGGGAGCGAAGAGGGCCUUGUCGGACCAGUUCCGCGACCGCACAGUGGACCGGAGCUACCUGAGCGUCACGUGCGGCGUGCCGUCACCCAUGGAAGGCCGCAUCACGACGAACGUGGGCAGGAGCCCGCACGACCGCCUCAAGAUGACGACGUUCCCCCAGCACAGCGCCAAAGGCAAGCAUGCGUCUAGUAGGUACCGCGUUCUCGAGGAGCUCGCCGGCGGCGCUGCGGCCGUCGUGGAGUGGAGGCUCGACACGGGGCGCACGCAUCAGAUCCGGGUGCACGCGCAACACAUUGGACACCCCCUCGUGGCGGACACGACCUACGGCGGCACGUGCGGCGCAGCGCUGCAGCGGUUCGAGGGAUCGCAGGGCCAGAAACGGGAGCUGGAGCGGGAACUCGGCGAGUUCGGGCGCCCCUGCUUGCAUGCGCGAACGCUGGGGUUCACCCACCCGGUGUCGGGCGAGCGGCUGGGGUUCGAGUCGCCGGUGCCGCCUGACAUGAUACGACUGCUAGAGGCUCUGCGCAGCAAUGCGCCGUAG